AUGCCAAUCAUAGGCUUCGGUACUUGGAAUCUGAAGGACAAUGCUACAGAAGCAGUAUCCCAUGCAAUCGACACUGGCUACAGGCACAUAGACUGUGCCGCCAUAUAUGGCAACGAGAAAGCUGUAGGCAAAGGCAUCGCUGAAGGCCUGAAGAAAGCUAGACUGUCUCGCGAUGACAUAUGGGUCACGUCAAAACUCUGGAAUGAUCAUCACGAUCCUAGCAAAGUCGAAGCCGCCAUCGAUAAGACCCUAUCCGACCUCGGCCUUGAUUACCUAGACCUAUACCACAUGCAUUGGCCAGUGGCAGAGACGAGCAAGGGAACCGAGAUAUAUUUUCUCGACACCUGGGAAGCCAUGAUACAACUCGUCCAGUCAGGAAAGACUAGACGCAUUGGCAUCUCCAACUUCUCACCUGCCCAACUAGACACCUUGUUGAACCACACAUCUCAUAUCCCAUAUGCUCAUCAGAUGGAGCUUCACCCGUACCUGCAACAGGAAGACUGGAUCCAGUACCACAAAAUGCGUGGUAUCCAUGUCACUGCCUACUCCCCACUUGGAGGGACCAACCCGACCUACCACAGAAAGGCAAAGAACAUGCCUCCUCCUUUGCUCAAGAACAAGGCCAUGAUCAAACUUGCGGACAAACACAACACCACCGCUGCAGGAAUCUCGUUGGCUUGGGGCAUGAGUCGAGGCACGAGUGUCAUACCCAAGAGUGCACAUGCGGAGAGGAUUGAGGAGAACCUGGCAAGUAAGCACAUCGAGCUUGACUACGAUGAUCUAAAAGUUCUUGCAAAACUGGGCCACAAGCAUACCUUCAGAUUCAACAACCCGAGUAAGGGGUGGAAGGUGAAGUUGUAUGAAGGCUUGGAAGGCAUAUAG